UCCUGUCAAGAUGGUGCUGGUGGAGCACGUUGUGGCGGACGCCGGGGCCUUCCUGCGGGAUGCGGCGCUGCAGGACAUCGGGAAAACCAUCUACACCAUCAGGGAGGUGGUGACCGAGAUCCGCGACAAGGCGACCCGGCGGCGCCUGGCCGUCCUGCCCUACGAGCUGCACUUCAAGGAACCCUGCCCUGAGUACGUGAGGCUGGUGACCGAAUUUUCCAAGAAGACUGGUGAUUACCCCAGCCUUUCAGCCACAGAUAUCCAGGUGUUGGCCUUGACUUACCAGUUGGAGGCAGAGCUUGUGGGGGUGGCUCACCUGAAGAAAGAGCCAGAAGCAAAGGUUAAAGUGAGUUCGUCAGGGCUACAUCCAGAAAAUCCUCUCCAUAUUCCUGGCUUUCACCUGCCUUCCAAGCCCAAACUUCCAGAGGAAACCGUCUGUCCUGUGCCUCCCGCUGCCCAGCCUGCUGAGAACGUAGAGUAUAAUUCCUUUCUGUUCUGGAGAAACCCUUUGCCCAAUAUCGAUGUCGAUCUUCAGGAGUUGACGGCUGGAGAAGAUCAAAGUGUCCUAAGUGAGGGAGAAGAGAAUGAAAGAGGAGAAAAAAGUGAAGGUAGUGCUGAGGAGGAUGAGGAUGGGGAUGAUGAGGAUGAGGAUGGAGGAUGGAUAACACCCAGCAAUAUUAAACAGGUCCAGCAAGAACUGGGACAGUAUGACAGUCCUGAUAAUGUCCAGGUUGGCUGUGUAACCACAGACUUUGCCAUGCAGAAUGUUCUGCUCCAGAUGGGGCUCCACGUGUUGGCAGUGAAUGGGAUGCUCAUCCGGGAGGCCAGAAGCUACAUACUGCGUUGUCACGGCUGCUUUAAGACCACCUCCGACAUGAUGAGGGUCUUCUGUGCACAUUGUGGAAACAGAACACUGAAAAAAGUGGCCGUGACAGUCAGCGAUGAUGGCAGCCUUCACAUGCACUUCUCCCGCAACCCCAAGGUGCUGAAUGCACGUGGCCUUCGGUAUUCCCUUCCUGCUCCCAAAGGAGGGAAGCAUGCCAACAACCCCCACCUGACGGAGGACCAGCGAUUCCCACAGCAGCGACUGUCCCGAAAGGCCAGGCAGAAAACCAACGUGUUCGACCCUGAUUACGUAGCAGGGGUGUCUCCCUUUGUGGAGAAUGAUAUCUACAGCCGGGCAGCCACGCUGCAGAUCAGAGACAGUGCGUUGGGUGCCGGAAGGAGGCGCUUGAACCCCAACGCUUCAACAAAGAAAUUUGUAAAAAAGAGAUGAAGGAAAAAAGGGGAGCCCCUAGGACGAGGCUGAGUGGCUGCUGUGAAGAGACCUUUCUCAGCCUGCUGUUUUCAAAAGCUUUGGAAGGCAAGAAUGGGUCAAGAGCUUAUGUUUGAAUGUCACCUUGAGGACAGUUCUCUUAGGACUUGGACCCUGGAUGAAACUGAAUAUUGGCUUUAUCUCCAGUGAAUUCUGGCCUGUCAGUGUGAGGCUGGCUUGACUUCCCACCACUUUCAAUGGAAUUUGUAAAGAAAGGAAAUAAUAGUGCCCUGCAGCACCUCUCUAUUUUCAUGUACCUUUAAAGAGAGAGUGCCUGUCUCCGCGUAUUUUUCUAAUAAAUAUGCUGUUCAUAUGCUUUUUAUUCUUUUCAUUAA